AUGCGUACAGCCGGAGAGAGUACUUCUCACACCUCAGCAGCUGGUGACUCGUCGCCUGCUGCUGUGAACAGUCCACAUGGUGAGUCGCCACGUGCGACAGGUACAUCCGCUGCGUCUGCAGCGAGCACCGCGAAUUAUAAUCCAGAUGAGCCUGAAUUAGAGCUCAUCCAUUCUGGCGAGUCGGAUGAUGUAUCCUACUCGAAGGCGGUAUCCCAUGCCUCCGGAUCAUCCGGGGUGGACACUGCAAGAGCCAGGUUGACUGGCUCUGGUGAACGUGGCGGCAUCAUGCUCGAGAUCUUCGGGUCGAGCAAUUGGUUGGACGAAUCCUCGCCUCACGCAAGUCCAACCAACGAUAGGACGGGUAACGAUGGUGGUGACGCACCUAAGUAUCACCACGAGAGAAGCAACUUGAGGGAUCGAGAUGCAUCUGGUGUCAGUCCUCAUGCUGACACCACUCACGAGGCCAGUGCCGUACUGCCCUGCGCCACGCUUUUCAAGUGGAGUCUCCUUGGAUGCCGUCAUCCAAAGAGUUCGAUCGAGUGGCCGGCAUGA